GUUGACCAGCUUGAGCUCAUCUUGCAAAUUCGCGCCGGUCCGAGUUAUAUUUGAGCGUAGGAACGUUCCCAUGCACCACCCUCGGUGCGACGUCGUCCCUUGUCGGCGCACUCACUCCGUGCCUCCUCCCUCCACCCGCAGUUCUCCUUGCAACGACCUUCAAAAUGCCUUGGGACCUUAUCAAGCUCAACAACGGGACGAGCAUCCCUGGCGUCGCAUUUGGGACCUGGACGUUGGGCGGCGGACAGCAGUCGACCGAUAAGGUCGACCAGGCCAUCUCGGUUGGGUUCAGCCACAUUGACACGGCGCAGUCGUACAGGAAUGAGUACGAGGCCGGCAUCGCCAUCCACGAGAGCGGGCUUGCGCGCGAGGACCUCUAUAUCACGACGAAAUACUCAGGACUGAACGGGCUGGACAUCGAGACCUCCAUUCACAACAGCCUGAAUAACCUGGGCGUCGACUACGUGAAUCUCUACCUGAUCCACCACCCGCGCCUGGCCGUGCCGGACAUCCCCACUGCGUGGUCCAAGAUGGAGAAAUUGCAGACUGACGGACUGGUGAAGAGCAUCGGCGUUAGCAACUUCAACGUUCUGCAGCUACAGACGCUCCUCGACUCUGCCAAAAUCAAGCCUGUCGCUAACCAGAUACUGUUCCAUCCCUAUGUCCUUGCGUCGCAGGCGCCCAUUGUCGAGUUCGGGAAACUCAAUGGGAUAGUGAGCGAGGCGUACAGCGUGCUGACCCCGCUCACUCACCAUACUGGCGGCCCGGUAGACAAGCCGCUGAAGGAAAUCGCUUCUCGACUCAACGCGGAGUCUGAGCAGGUCCUCCUCGCAUGGGCCAAGGCGAAGGGUGUCGUCGUCGUCACCGCUAGUACAAGGAAGGAGCGCCUCGAGGGCUACUUGGCAGCGGGCGAUCUCGAGCUGACGAACGAGGACAUUGCGGCUAUCGAUGCAGCGGGUAUCGUCGGUGCGCGCCGUAUCACCGCACGCACGUACCUCCGGCGCGCAGCUCUCGCGGCUCUGAUCGGAGCUGCUGUCCUUGGGGUGUGCAGCUACUCUGGCAUAAACGUAUUGUGAGAUUGCAGAGCGGCUGAUGAUAGGACUCGUCUUCGGUGUACUGGUUAGUGUCAAAUCGUUUGCCUGUGGACUUUGAUGUUGUGUUUUCGAUUGUAUGUAUUGAUUAUAGGGGCUGAAGAAAUAGCGGUUACGAUCGUACUGCUUACAUGUACAUAGUCAGGCUUGAGUAGUAUGAUAGUACUACUGGUGGCUGUGAACGGCCUUGGAUGGUGACAUCCCGUUACACUUCUACGGCGGCUCUAGUCAGCAAAGAACACUGAGCUGUCAAGGAAAUAUAACAUUUAUGGUGUACGUUUGUCACAUACAUAGCAAUAGUACAUAUGCACUGACCUCCGU